CGCAUCUGUUAAGAGGCCAGGCAUUACAACCUCGUGCUCUUGCCAUGCACUUCGGGGCCGCGACCACUUGCCGGCUCCGUCCGGCACGUCUGUGUCACGAGUUUUUCCCUUAACAGGCACAGAAAAACUCCUGAUGUUCAGCAAAGCGUUACGAUGCAGAGGUGUAACGAAUUACGGUGGCGGUGGGCAAGUUAAGCCCAGCGGAUUUACCGCCCCCACCGGGCUUUGGCUCCGCGCGAACCCCGCCGCCUUCACCAGCAGCGCGCAGGGCCGGUGAUUAACCGCCCCCUCCGCGCCUCACCUGGUCUUCCAGGAGUUUCCAGCGCUCACGUGUGCUGGCCCACGGGGCGUGGAAACAGCACGAAAGCCAAUUAGGGCGAGAGGCUAUAAAAGCCCCCAGGAAGAGCCGCUGGGAGCUCCUCACUUGCCUCGGCUCACGGGCUGGGAAGGAAAAAGCGGCUUUAGAUACAAGUGUAACCGAUCGGGAGACCUUUCUUCUAAGGUUCCAGGGAAGACAGGCUACUACGCCCUGUAAAUUGCGCCGUCUCGAGCGUGGAGAGACGCAGUAGCUUUCUGACUCCUUCCCCCCGCCCCCCCCAAUCCUGCGGGGUGAAGCCCGGGGUGGCGGGAAAGCACGGCGUAGGCGCUGGAGGGGGAAAGGCAGCCGCAAGCUUGCCCUGGCCUUCAGAAGUGACCUGACGCCAGGAAGGAGGCUGAUUAACCCUUGGGCUCCCCCUCCCUCUCCGGGGGGUGCGAGCCAGCUCCUCCUCCUCCUCCUCCUCCUCGCGGUCGAGCGACCCUGGAGCGAGAUGCACACAGCCGCCGGCUCUGCUCGCCCUGCCCUUCCCUCCCAGCCCAGGAAGAGGAGAGCGGCGAGGGCGCAGCCCAAAGUCGAGUCCGGUGAGUCUGUGGAUCCGGAGUGAACGGCCCCGGGCGAGCCGGCUUAGGCCCCGCGACCCUCGCGCCGGCCGUGCACCGCAGACGACCCCUCCGCGGAAUUUGCACCCAGCACCGGGCUCCUGGCCUGACCCCAGGCCCCGCGACGCCCCCAGCCCCGUGCCUCGCGCAGGUGGCGCAGACGCCCCUGUUCUCCGGCGCCCCCUGCCGGGGAGAGGGAAGGCAGCGGCCGCGGACGAGCCGGGCGCAGGCGGGGAGAGAGCUCCGGCGCCGCCGGGAAGAGGCCGGGAGCUUCCCUGAUGGUGCCGCCGCCUCCGAGUCGGGGAGGAGUGGCGAGGGGGCAGCUGGGCAGGAGCCUGGGUCCGCUGCUGCUGCUCCUGGCGCUGGGACACACGUGGAGCUACCGAGAGGAACCCGAGGACGGCGACAGGGAGAUCUGCUCGGAAAACAAGAUCGCCACGACGAAAUACCCGUGUCUGAAGUCUUCGGGUGAGCUCACCACGUGUUUCAGGAAAAAAUGCUGCAAAGGGUAUAAAUUUGUUCUUGGACAAUGCAUCCCAGAAGAUUACGAUGUGUGUGCCGAGGCUCCCUGUGAACAGCAGUGCACGGAUAACUUUGGCCGAGUGCUGUGUACCUGUUACCCGGGAUACCGGUACGACCGGGAGAGACACCGGAAGCGGGAGAAGCCGUACUGCCUGGAUAUCGACGAGUGUGCCACCAGCAACGAGACCCUGUGCGCCCACAUCUGCGUCAACACCGUGGGCAGCUACCGCUGUGAAUGCCGGGAGGGUUACAUCCGGGAGGACGACGGGAGGACGUGCACCAAGGGAGACAAAUACCCCAACGACACUGGACACGACGAGAAGUCUGAGAACGCGGUGGAGGCCAAAACCUGCUGUGCUACGUGCACUGAGUUUCACCAGAUGAAGCAGACGGUGCUGCAGCUGAAGCAGAAGAUUGCCCUGCUCCCCAACAGUGCUGCCGACCUGGGCAAGUACAUCACUGGCAACAAAGUGCUGGCCUCAAAUGCCUACCUUCCAGGACCUCCUGGGCUGCCUGGGGGCCAGGGCCCUCCUGGCUCACCAGGACCUAAGGGGAGCCCAGGCUUCCCCGGUAUGCCAGGCCCUCCCGGGCAGCCCGGCCCACGGGGCUCCAUGGGACCCAUGGGACCAUCUCCUGAUCUGUCCCACAUUAAGCAAGGCCGGAGGGGCCCUGUGGGUCCGCCAGGUGCACCAGGAAGAGACGGCUCUAAGGGAGAGAGAGGAGCACCCGGACCCAGAGGGUCGCCAGGACCCCCUGGUUCUUUUGACUUCCUGCUGCUGAUGCUGGCCGACAUCCGCAAUGACAUCGCUGAGCUGCAGGAGAAGGUGUUUGGGCACCGGACGCACUCUUCAACGGAGGAGUUCCCUUUACCUCAGGAAUUUUCCAGCUCUCCGGAAGCCAUGGACUUCAGCUCUGGAGACGAGUACCCAAAAACAACUGAGACGAGAGACUUGGGACCCACCAGAGACUUUUAUCCUUAGCACGUCCUAACAUCUUCAUGCCAAAGGAGGAGCAAAGAGUGUUUUCACGCGCAGUUAAGUCAUAUACAGAAAAAAAAAAAAAAAAACAA